AUGGCCUCGCCUAUUUCUCUCACGGAGAUCUUCAAGACGCUAAAGUUCAUCUACAACACAGUCGACGAGAUGAGCAGACUUCCCGAGCAAGUGGAACACGACCGGGCAAUCUUCAACUCGCUCGUGAACAUCAUGAAACUUUUGGGAGAUUGUCUCGAAAAGUACGUCCUCACGGAUAGCCAGAUCCUCGCCUGGCACAACAAUGUCAAAGCAUGCCAGAUGCGGGUUACCAAGAUCGCAGAGGGCCUUAAGCGACAAAGCGAAGUUUCCUUUCUCCGAUGGCAACUUUCGGAGAAGAAGACUUUUAGAGCCUGCAUGGAGGAAUUGCAAAAGGACGUCAAGCGACUGGACAAAAUGAACUCGUUGUAUGUUUUCGAUCCUGUUUGA